AUGCGUUUCUCCACACUCACUUCGGCUGCGGCCUUUUUCCAACUGAGCAUAGCUGGCUAUGUUCUCGAGGAUGACUACAUGACGGACUUUUACGGGGCCUUUGACUUCUUUACCGGACCCGACCCCACAGAAGGCUUUGUCCAGUAUGUCGACGAAGCUACGGCAAGACAGACGAAUCUCAUCAACUCGUCUACUUCAGCGAUAUCAUGGGGCGUGGACACACAGAACCAGACUCCAGAGGGUAGGCCCAGUAUUCGUAUCGAGAGCAAGAAGACGUACGAUAGCGGGUUGAUUGUGGUGGAUGUCGCCCACAUGCCCUUUGGCUGUGGCACUUGGCCAGCCUUUUGGACUACCGGUCCCAACUGGCCAAAGAACGGCGAGAUUGAUAUCAUCGAAGGCGUGAACGACCAGACGAACAACGGCAUGACCCUCCACACAGGCCCAGGUUGCCAGAUUGGCGAAGACACCACUCAAUUCGCCGGUUCCGUGACUACGGGAAACUGCGAUGUCGCUGCCGAGGACCAGUCAAAGAAUGCAGGAUGCUCCAUCGAACACCCCUCGACCAAGAGCUACGGUGCAGGCUUGAACGAGAUUGGUGGAGGUGUAUACGCGACUCAAUGGACCGCCGAAGCCAUCAGUGUUUACUUCUUUCCGCGCGACUCCAUUCCGGAAGACGUUCUCGGUGACAGCCCAGACCCCAGCGGAUGGGGCAAACCUGCUGCCAAGUUCGCCGGUGCCUGCGAUAUCGAGAACACAUUCAAGCAGCAGCAGAUUGUCUUUGACACCACGUUCUGUGGACAAUGGGCGGGCAGCAGCAGUGUUUGGAACGCCACGGGCAGUUCUUGCAGCAAGAAGGCAUCAACAUGCGAGGAAUGGGUACGGGACAACCCAGAGGCUUUCACCGAGGCAUACUGGACGAUCAAUUCGUUGAAGGUGUACCAAGACAAUGGUGGAUACGGCUCUGCUCCUCAGCCCUCUUCGGUGCCAGAGCAGAGCAGCGCUGCCUAUUCCCCUGUCCCUGUUCCAUCGGAGACGCCUGCCGUGUCUUCUGACAUUCCCGUGCCGUCUGGAUACCCUGCAGUCCCAACUUCGCUCAUCACCCCCUCCGUAUCCGGUAUCUUCGCACCUAUCCCGACGAGCGAAACACUUUCGGUGGUCACCUCUGCGCCCCCCAGCGCCCCAGUGGCCUCACUUCCUGCUGACGAUGCUUCUCCCAGCAUUCCGUCUGAAACACCAAGUCCAAUCGUCGCACCAACCACGCAGAUCAACGCGCCAGCUCCAGCACCGACAAACAAUGGUCCUAUGUCCGGUUUCCAAUGGCCCAAAGGUGGCGGAGGUAGUGGCGAUGGAUCUUCCAACGAGACGUCACCAUCAACGACACCUGCCGCGUCGCUUCCUGAGAAUACUAGCAGUCCUACUCAAAACUCGAGUGGCGCAGUAGCCGCUCCCAGCACCGCACAGAGCAUUGCUCAACCUUCAAAUGUACCCGCUGCAUCUCAAGCACCUGCUGCGCCCGCAGUGCCUGCUCCAGCGCCCACCGAUGCUAUCAAGGCCCCUCCAGCAGACCCAGCCGCUCCCACCGUCACAGACACCGUUCAAGCCAUACACACAGUAUAUGAGACGGUGUAUGCUACCGUCACUGCUGGCGCACCAGCCGAGACACCAGCACCUGCUGCCGCUGCCAGAAGCGCACGCAUGGCAAGACAUAUCAGGGAGCACAGGCAGAGGCUUACAAGGCAUCACGCAAGGCACUAA